GCCCUCCGUGUCGAAAGCAAGGCAGCCCACCGAUUAGCCUGCCCCAUGAAUCCCCGCGCGGCGCGCGCGGCGCGGCGCUGCCCGGGGGACGCGGUCGACACGACGUCCGAGCGGCCGAGCUCCGCGCCGCGCGGGCGGCUCGGCCGACGUGGCCAUCAGAUUCGAGUUGCCGAGUCGCCGCGUCGCCGCCGAGAGGACUCCUCCUCGCCCCCCGGUACGACGUCGCGCCUACUCCGGACCCACGCCCACGGGACGCGGUCAAUACGCGGGCGUUGCGACCGAGCUCCGCGCGAGGCGCGGCCGGCUCGGACCCGUGAGACUCGCGCCGUCGCGUCGCCGCCGUCGAGAGGACGCCCAUUCACGCCAUCGCCGCGACCCCACCCCCGCGCGCAGACGCUCCUCCGCAAGCUCAAGCGCUCGGACAACGAAGCUAGAAUCCUGGUCUUGGGCCUGGACAACUCCGGGAAAACGACGAUCCUCAAGAAGUUGAGCGAGGAGGAUAUUAGUCAUAUCAUGCCCACCCAAGGCUUCAACAUCAAGUCCCUCAUGCAGGACGGCUUCAAGUUAAAUGUGUGGGACAUCGGGGGCCAGAAGAGCAUCCGACCGUACUGGCGGAACUACUUCGACCAGACCGAUGCCUUAGUGUAUGUCAUCGACGCCGCGGACCACCGUAGGAUGGAAGAGACGUCCAUGGAGCUCGGACAGCUCGUGGAUGAGGCGAAGCUGGCGGACAUCCCCGUGUUGGUGUACGGCAACAAGUCUGAUCUGAUGAACGCGAUGGAGCAGUGCGAGAUCGAGGAGUCCGUGGCGCCCGUGCUCAAGGGGCGCAACUACUUCGUCGUCGAGUGCUCGGCGAAGACGGGCAAGGGGUUACAAGACGGCAUGGAGUGGCUCGUCGACCAGAUCAACAAGGGCGAGUAG